UUUCUUCCCAUCAGCGCAGUGCGUUUUUCUUUUUUCCCAAAAUAAUUAAAUUAAAAAAAAUAAAGAAAUAUUUUUCUGGUAAGCAUUUUCUCAGGGCGAACCAGUGAAAUCUCCAAAUCCCACCACAGAGAUUGAGGGAGGAUAAGGGUUAGCAAUGGCGUGUUCGAGCCUGGGUUUAGGUUCAUGCCCAAAGACUCCAAAAAUCCAUGUUUAUUGCAGAAAAAAGGAGAAAAACAGAGAGAAUUUCCACCCUUAUAAAGUAAUCGAAAUUACACCUCCCCCUAAACACCUUGGCGUCCGUUGCUUUCCUCCUAACUUGCAAUGUGGGGAGAGUGUGACUAUUGAAGGCCAAGCUUAUACAAUCUCAGCUGUAACUCACCGAUACCAGCUCCGAAAAGGCAAGUAUGAACCUAGUGAGAAGAGACUAGAUGUUUUGUCUACAGGAAGAUACAUCUUAAAUCUAUAUCUUGAAAAUUUAUUAGAUCAAUCUUGACAUCUGCUUUUUACUAUCAGCAACUUAUGUUCUGAUGCAUAUUUUUAUCAUAUGCAAUUCCAUCAUCUGUAGCAUAUAUUUUAUCUUUCUAAUUAGUUACUAUCUCCCAUGUACAGAGGAAAAUAAAACAGUAGUAAAAUGCAUAUUGAGAAGUUUGUAAUUUGAAUAACUAAAGUUAGUGUACUAAAAUAUGGUUUGGUUUGGUGUA